ACACGCCUGCAGCGUUAACUCGUGAAACUGAUUUCUUCAAAGCGUCUGGUGCACAUUUGGUGCUUUGUAUAACUUAUAAGUGUGCCCUAGGUUUUUAAUGCCUGUUUUUUUUUAGUUCGGGAAAUACAAUUUUGGUUGAUUUGGCACAUUUCGUUCCGUUAUCUGCUGUGACAGUGGGAAAAGUCAGCCUCGGCGUGGACGUGGUCAGUUGGCGUGUCCCGUGUCGGAGUGACGGCUGUGCAGUCCUAUGAUUCCUCCGAAACAAUUUUUGCGCUGGCCCCUUUUCUAACAUACUGUAUCGCUAACUUUAGUUAUACCGUGACCUAUUUACUCCUUCGUUGGAAGUUGAAGACAGUCGGGGUUCAAGAUGUCGGUAGCGGGUUUCAAGAAGCAGUUUUAUAAAGCCAGCCAGAUGGUAAGUGAGAAAGUUGGAGGUGCUGAAGGAACCAAACUAGAUGAUGACUUCAGAGACUUGGAACGGAAAGUAGAUGUGACCAGUAAAGCGGUAGUGGAGGUUAUCUCCAAAACAUCAGAGUACCUUCAGCCCAACCCAGCAUCACGGGCCAAACUAUCCAUGUUGAACACCAUGUCUAAGAUCCGCGGUCAGGUGAAGAACCCAGGCUACCCUCAGGCCGAGGGGCUGCUAGGAGAAUGUAUGAGCAAGUAUGGACGGGAGCUCGGAGAGGAGACUAACUUUGGCGGAGCGCUAGUAGAUGUUGGAGAGGCCAUGAAGAGAUUGGCAGAAGUCAAAGACUCUCUAGAUAUUGACGUCAAACAGAACUUCAUUGAUCCAUUGCAAGGGCUCUGUGACAAGGACCUCAGAGAGAUACAGCAUCACCUGAAGAAGCUGGAAGGCCGUCGCUUGGACUACGAUUACAAGAAAAAGCGUCAGGGCAAGAUCCCAGAUGAGGAGGUUCGACAGUCCCUGGAGAAGUUUCAUGAGUCUAAGGAAGUGGCAGAGACAAGCAUGUACAACCUGCUGGAGACUGACAUAGAGCAGGUGAGCCAGCUGUCAUCCCUGGUGGAGUCCCAGCUGCAGUACCACAGACAGGCUGUGCAGGUGCUGGAGGAGCUUUCUGACAAACUGAAAGAGAGGAUGAUUGAUGCCCAGACUCGACCAAGACGUGAAUACACACCUAAACCCAAACCUAUAUUUGACUUUGGAGACGACAGCCCUUCAAAUGGCGGCUACUCAACCUCAAUGGCUCCUCCACCUUCACGCAACUCAGCCCCGGAGCAGCCGAGCUGUAAGGCGCUGUACGACUUUGAGCCAGAGAACGAGGGAGAGCUGGGCUUUCGCGAGGGCGAUAUCAUCACCCUGACCAAUCAGAUUGAUGAGAACUGGUACGAGGGCAUGCUAAACAGCCAGUCAGGAUUCUUCCCCCUCAACUAUGUCGAAGUGCUUGUCCCAUUGCCACACUAAUAUAAAAAGAGCAAAAGAGCUAAGGAGGAGACUGAUGAAGAGGAGGAGGAGACAACAUGUAGAAAUAGUAGAGGGGGAGGAAAGCGAAGCCAAGGGAUGAAUAUUAAUUUUCACCUUCAGCUCCAACGUCAACUUCACAGACGGGCAUGUUUUGUCAUCUGGAGUUCUGGAGGAGGUGGUCACAUGUCAAAGGUCCAGACCAGAAUAUCAACCUGUGCCACCAAAAGGUAAAAAGAUAUUAAAUGGACACGGAAUGUCAUCGUCCGCUAUCUGGCAGUCAGAAACAUUUCCUGAGGACUAACAGAGGACAUGUUUUAUAAGCAAUAUUUGUCUUUAACCACAAGUUACUGAUAUCGUAAAGAUAACUUGCAUUAAAACUGGUGUUUACGACUGGGUGACCCGUACCAUGUCAUCCUUUUUGUGUGACCGCAGUCUGUUUAAAACUCAGGUUGGUCACCAAACUACCAGUCCGUUUUCAGACUGACGAGCCCAACUCAAACCUCACAGUACACGUCAUGUGGAACUUGACUGAAUAUUUUCCUGGACUGGAGCUUAUCUCUUGAUGCCACCUGCUGGCAAGACUGAGUAUUGCUUUUA